AUGACUCCAAAGGUAAGUAGUAUGAUGUUAAUACUAAGGGGGUAUGUGUGAAACGUCUGAAAAAUGUCUCGUAAAAAUGAAAUGCGUGGGAUUUUUAAAAAUUUAUAAUAUUAGUUCCGUUUAAUUGUUCUUGCUCGCACUUUUAUAGCAAAAAAUUAUUGCACUGAGAACAAUUACAAUGAAAAUAAUUGCACUUCUGUAAUAUAAUAAAAUAUAACAUGCGUAAAAAUAUAGCAAUAUAGCAUGUUCAAUGAAUACCAUUAAAUUGAUUUUAAAGUGAUGAAGAUAUUUUUGCAAAUUAAAAAUGUAUCAAAAACUCUUUUUUGAUUAAUAAAAUUACUACUAGCGCUAAUUGCUAGUACUUUAUCAGGACAUGCCUUGUUAAAUGAAAUGCAAGUUGAUACAGUAAUGUGGCUUUUUUUAACAUUCUAUUUCUUGAAAAUGAAAUUGCUAUGUGCAUUUAUUCAGUACUUUUCACAGUAGUGCAAUUAUACUCAUGAUUUUAAAUGUUAUACCUAAAAUGAAAUCCACUACAAAAGUCUCACCUACCUUGUUACUGUUCUUCUUCUUCUUCUGUGGUGUCCUUGCUUUUUCACAAACUCAGGAGAGCAGGCAUUCAGUAACCCCAGUAAAGUCCUCUAAUGAUUGAUGUUCUCAUUGCCUUUUCUACCUUACUUUGUCCUUGAUAUGGGUACAACUUGAGUUAUUCGUAUUGUAUCAUUGCUUCUGAUUGAUUUACAAGUGAGAUCUUCAUACAUCAUAAAACAAGUUAAAACUUGUAGUUUCUUAGAGAUUGCAAAUAGUUGACCCAAACAUUCACGAUUCCCAACCAGAAAUGUGUUUCAUUUUCAAAUGUUUAAUUUUAUAUGCCCCAUAGUGGUUGUAUUUUCUUUUUCUAAAUGUACCAGUUUAGUCAUUUUGUGACCGAAGGACUAGUAUUGUAUGUGGUCUGUUAUGUAACAAUAGUAGUAAUAAAACAAAUUGCAUGUCCCACAUUUUCUCUAUAAAUAAUAUUUGAUGUGUUCUUUGUAUCCAUCUCUUCGUCCCAUUUCUUCUCACUCAUGACAUGGCCUACAAACCUUUAUAUAUCUCUACUAUCACCUGCAGGAACCUCCAGAUGUCUACAGUAUUGAACUUGAUAAUACAGAACCCAAACCAGAAGAAAAGAAGAGAAGAUUUUAUAACAGAAAAGGAAAAUCUGGGAAAAAGGUGGAAAACCUGAAAAAAGAACUGCUGAUUGUAAGUGUUAACGAAGGGGAAAGAGCGAGCAAUUAAGACAAUGCAUGUUUACAAACAUUUAUAGUGGUGGUGGGUAUCUGAUGAAAACAUUAAAUAUUUCAGAAGGUGCUAAGGAAAGUGGAAAAGUCCAAGGAAGUAUUUGAAUAGCAGGUUAUUAUUUAGCAGAUACAUUUUAAGUAGAGAUCUGGACAAAAUAUAUUUAUAUGAGUAGUGGUCAAAAAAAAGAUCUCCAAUCAUUAUUGAAGUGUAUUAUCCCUGAGGGUCAGAAAACUGAAAGCAGAUAAUAAAUUAUAACAUAUGUAAUGUUUCACUCGAUUGUGUGGUGGUGAGGAAUGAAAGAUAGAGGGCAAAACAGACAGACUGUGGACAGUGGACAUUCAGAAGGUUUGAAAUUUAAAACUUAUGAUGAUUAGACAUAAUUUAAGAUUAGGAAGUGGUGUGGGUCAAUAUAUCUGUGUAGGUGAAAUGGCUGAACAUAUGCAAAAAGAAAGGGGAGCGUAUGUUUUGCCUCCCAUCGACAUCGUCAGCAUUGGACAUGAGGAUGGAAAGGAAGGGGCAUAAAAGGAGAAUCCUGAGAUUAAACUAUAACAUUGUGCUUUAUGUAUUUCAUAGACGGAUCACAGUUUAACAGUUGAAGAUCUGGAAAAGAAAUACUCAGUAAAUAUUAAGCAGGUAAAUUACUCACAGAUGACAACAUCCAAAACUCGCAACGUCUUAUUGCUACUCCUUCAAUGCAAUCCCAAGUAAUGUAGCAUACAAUAAUUAUGCCCUGCCAGAGAGACAUGAUAUACCACAUGAUCUUCAUGCCUAUUGCUCAAAAAUUUAGUGUCAACAUGGGACCAUGAUGUACAAGUAAGCUCAUAGAUAACAGGAAAAUAGUUGAGUUGUGUUAUUCUUAUGACCCAACGAAAUCAUAAGUAAUUCAAAAGUAAUGCAAGAUUUUCAUUCCUUUCCAUAAACUAUAGAAAUUCUUAGUACCAUGGCUCAUUAUAUGUUCAAUUUAUUUGUUUAUUUCAUGCCAAAUACCUGAGAUUGACAUUAUAAAGUUACCCCCUUAUAACAUGUUGACUUCUCUCCCUAAGACCCCGAGCACAUAUCAAAACACUAUAGAUAUAUAAAGUUUUUAAAUGUGGCCAUACAUAAGAACGAUUAAUAUUCCUUGUAUCUGGUUUAUUUGUAGGGUCUGAGCUCUGGCAACGCUGAGGAUCUCCUCAAACAGAAUGGACUCAACAAGCUUACUCCUCCAAAAGGAACCCCAGAAAUUAUAAAAUUCCUUAAGCUGAUGGCUGGUGGAUUUUCCAUUGUCUUCUGGAUUGGAGCAAUUUUGUGCUUCUUAGCUUAUGGUCUCCAGGCUGCUCAGGAUCCUACUGUGUCCAAGGAUAAUGUAAGAAAUAAAUCAACAAACAUUCACUCCUUUUAGUAUUUGACCCAUAAUUGCUGAAUCAAUUUACCGUAUAUACUCGAGUAUAAGCCAAGUUUUUCGGCACAUUUUUUGUGCUGAAAAACCCCAACUCGGCUUAUACUCAAGUCAGUCUGUAUUAUGGCAAUUUACAUUGCCAUACUACAGACCAGGACCGCCGGGCUCAUUACAAGCCUGGCGGUCCUGUUGGGGGCUGACAGCGAGCUCUUACUUACCUUCCUGCAGCUCCUGUCAGCUCCCUCCCCCUCCGUGCAGCUCCUCGGUCAGCUCCGUUCUGCUCACAGUGUAAAUCUCGUGAGAGCCGUGAGACUUACACUGUGAGCAGAACGGAGCUGACCGAAGAGUUGCACGGAGGAGGAGGGAGCUGACAGGAGCUGCAGGAAGGUAAGUAAGAGCUCACUGCCAGCCCCCCCACUGAACUGCCAAUGCCACUGGACCACCAGGGAUUUAAUAUUAUUUUAUUUUAAUAAUAAUAAAAUAAUAUUAUUAAAAUAAUAUUAUUAUAUUAUUAUUAUUUUAAUAUUUGCAUUAUUUUUUUUAAAUGUUUUUUUGUCCCCCCUCCCUGCUUGUUGCCUGGCCAGGGAGGAGGGACAAAAAACUUUUUUUUUUAAAUAAUGCAAAUAUUAAAAUAAUAAUAAUAUAAUAAUAAAAUAAUAUUAUUAUUGUAAUAUUAUAUUAUUUGAAUAUUAUUUUAUUAUUAUAUUAUUAUUAUUUUAAUAUUUGCAUUAUUUUAUUUUUUUAUUUUUUUGUCCCCUCUCCCUGCUUGUUGUCUGGCCAGGGAGGGGGGACAAAAAACAUUUUAAAAAAAAGAAUGCAAAUAUUAAAAUAAUAAUAAUAUAAUAAUAAAAUAAUAGUAUUAUUUUAAUAUUAUAUUAUUUUAUUAUUAUUUUAUUAUUAUAUUAUUAUUAUUUUAAUAUUUGUAUUAUUUUUAAAAAAAUGUUUUUUUGUCCCCCCUCCCUGCUUGUCGUCUGGCCAGGGAGGGGGGACAAAAAACAUUUUUUUAAAAUAAUGCAAAUAUUAAAAUAAUAAUAAUAUUAAAAUAAUAUAAUAUUAAAAUAAUAAUAAUAUAAUAAUAUAAUAAUAAUAUUAAAAUAAUAUAAUAAAAUUAAAAAAUAAAAAUGCCCUCCCCUCAUCCAGUUUACACACACUGCACAAACACACACUCUGCAUUAUAUACACACUGCAUUAUACACACACACACACAACACACAAACACACACUGCAUUCAUUAUAUAUACACACACAAACACACACUCUGCAUUCAUUAUAUACACACACAAACACACACUCUGCAUUCAUUCUAUACACACACUGUAAAUAAAUAUUCAAUUAAUGUAAUUUUAUUGGGAUCUAAUUUAAUUCAGAAAUUUACCAGUAGCUGCUGCAUUUCCCACCCUAGGCUUAUACUCUAGUCAAUACGUUUUCCCAGUUUUUUGUGGUAAAAUUAGGGGCCUCGGCUUAUAUUCGGGUCGGCUUAUACUCGAGUAUAUACGGUACUUAAUUUCAGCAGAAUUUUCUCCAUAUAUAACCCCAUGUCUAAAUAUCACAUACACAGAGUACUCUCUGUCUUCUUCUUGCUUGAAUUCAAAACAUGUUAUCUAGAUCGUUGUCUUUGAAGGCUGAGUAUCACUACUUACUAUGCAAUUCAACGAAGUUUAUGGUAAAUAAGUGAAGGAAUGACAUGAAUGCCUCCUUCUGGUUUGAUAUUACUCAUAUCCUUCUAGUCUAUCAAGUGAUAUUAUUUAAUUCGACAUAAAUUUACUUUCCUUUUGCCACUCCGACCCUUAUAACAUCUAAACUCUCUUUCAUCUCCAGUUAUGGUUGGCCAUUAUCCUAAUAGCUGUAGUGAUUCUGACAGCUCUCUUCGCAUAUUAUCAGGAAGCAAAAAGUACAAACAUCAUGGCUGGCUUCAAGAACAUGGUGCCACAGGUGAGACACGUCACAUUUAGUAGAAGGGAGGGAUAGGAUAUGGGAUAAACAUCUAGUAGUUGUAACUCACUUUUCCUUGUUUGACCAUAGCAAGCGUUGGUCCUUCGUGAUGGGAAGCGUCUUGAGAUAAAUGCAGAGAAAUUGGUGCUUGGAGAUAUUGUCUUUGUAAAAGGCGGAGACAAAAUCCCUGCAGAUCUACGCUUUUUGGAGGUCCACGGCUGCAAGGUGAGGAUGAAAGUAUAAAAAAAGAAGAAAGUAUAGUUAUUAAUGACUGUCAAUGCCUGAUCACAACAUUUUUAACCAGGAAUGUACAUGCCAAGUGCUUAAUCUAUAUAUUUUUUAAAGUUAAGUUCUAACCUUAAAGGACCACUCUAGGCACCCAGACCACUUCAGCUUAAUGAAGUGGUCUGGGUGCCAGGUCCAGCUAGGCUUAACCCAUUCUUUUAUAAACAUAGCAGUUUCAAAGAAACUGCUAUGUUUAUGAAUGGGUUAAGCCUUCCCCCAAAGCCUCUAGUGGCUGUCUCAUUGACAGCCGCUAGAGGCGCCUGCGUGCUUCUCACUGUGAUUUUCACAGUGAGAGCACGCAAGCGUCCAUAGGAAAGCAUUGUAAAUGCUUUCCUAUGCGACUGGCUGAAUGCGCGGAGGCGGAGAGGAGGAGGAGAGCUCACCCGGAGGCGGAGAGGAGGAGGAGAGCUCCCCGCCCAGCGCUGGAAAAAGGUACGUUUUAACCCUUUUCCUCUCCCCAGAGCCGGGCGGGAGGGGGACCCUGAGGGUGGGGGCACCCUCAGGGCACUAUAGUGCCAGGAAAACAAGUAUGUUUUCCUGGCACUAUAGUGGUCCUUUAACAUAAAAGGUAUAAAUGAUGUAGUGCAUCAUGAAAAAUAUAGCUUGUAUUAUCUUAGAAAUUUAAAAGGUUGUGUUUUCUACACAGAAAGAUGGUGAAUCCAGUCUAUGAAAAGAAAAUGUGAGAAACUGCCAAUUAAUGAAAAUUCUAAGAAAACUCAGGGAGACACAGAAAUGAUUUAUGUCUAGAGAUAUCAGACAUCCAUAUGGAUAUAUAGUUUCACUAUUAGAAAUAUCUUAUUAUAACAUAGUAUGUUGUAGUGUGCUGUAUAGAUAGAAAUCUAAGUAUCUUCAAUAAAUACAAUGGCAUUUCCCUAAGACUCCUAAUUUGCAAUUUUGUUCAGCUAGAAUUUCUGAAACUAUCUGCUCAUAUCUGUAAUAAUAUGUGUACAAGAAAUAGUAUAUGUAUAUAUUUUAAAGAUUGUUAAAUCCAUAUUUAAAAAAUAUAAUGGUUUAUUUUAGUAUUCAUUGCAUCGGUGCAAAUGUCACUUAGCCCUCUUUUCACUAUGUAGGUUGAUAACUCGUCACUGACAGGUGAAUCAGAGCCACAACCUCGAAGUACAGAAUGCACAGAUGAAAAUCCUCUGGAGACCAAGAACCUGGGAUUUUAUUCCACUACUUGCUUAGAGGGUACGUCUUACAUGUUGGUAGCAUGCUAGCGUGCAGAACCUUCCAUAUCGGUCUGUUUUUUGUCUGUCAAACUAAGUUAUGUUAUUAUACCUUUUACUAAAUCUAUCCAGAGCUGUGCAAUUUAUCGGUGUUAUAUUAAUAAUUGACAAUAGCUUGACUUACACAAUAUAUGUGUCUUAGAUUUAAUUCUAAAGUCUGGUACUGAGACUAUAACACUUGUUAACAGCAUACAAGGUAACAUUUUAUUUUUAAAUCUAGGUGCUGCUAAAGGAAUUGUCAUUAACACGGGUGACCAAACCGUGAUCGGUCGUAUUGCAUCUUUAGCCUCCCAAGUUGGAAAUCAGAAGACACCUAUAGCCCUGGAGAUUGAACACUUUGUAACAAUGAUCAGCGCCCUCGCUGUGUUUGUUGGAGGUGUCUUCUUUAUCAUUUCAAUUGCCAUGGGAUACAGUGCCCUUAACGCUAUCAUAUUCUGCAUUGGCAUUGUAGUGGCUUACGUUCCUGAGGGUCUACUAUGCACUGUCACCGUGAGUAUAUUUCAAUCCUCUUCUCCUCCUACAGUAUGUUUUGAUGAUGUUCUAUUAUAUCAAUAUACAGGAAAGAAUGAUCACAUAUCAUGUAUGUGUUGUUGCAUUCAUGCAAUACAAUGACACCAAAAUAUAGGGAUUAUCUGACGAUACAUGCUUACAUUUGGUAAAAUCUAUCUCAACAGAAUUGUUGGUUGCAAACCCUGAACCAGAGGGAAAGACCAGAGAAUUAUAAAGAGCAAUAAUUUUGCAUCAAAAUUCUCGAAGUGGGCCAGUUAGCAUUUAGAUGCCAUUGGUUUCUCUGGUGAUUGUUUCCAUUCUUUAGGAAUUUGUUCAGGAAUAAUUCUAAAGUUAAGUUCCACCAAUGUAUUUUUUAUUUAAGUAAUACAUGGUUCUUUGUGUUAUUAAUUUUUGUAACAUGUAUCGUAGGUCUGCCUUUCACUCACUGCACUUCGUAUGGCUAAGAAGAACUGUCUUGUGAAGAACUUGGAAGCUGUGGAAACUCUUGGCUCCACGUCAGUCAUUUGCUCUGACAAGACCGGCACUCUGACGCAGAACCGAAUGACUGUGGCGCACAUGUGGUUUGACAACAUGAUCCACAAUGCAGACACCAGUGAAGAACAGAUAGGUUAGAACAUACAAGAUAUCAUGUCCAUUUAUACAGUACAACGAAUAUGCCAAAUCUCACCUUAAUGGAGUAUAAAUAAACAUUCUAUUGUUAUAUAUGAAUAAUAUGUAACAUACAGCAAUUCCUGUGUAAUAGUUCUGUUUCAUUUGCUGUGUGUGAGCUCCCUGUCAGUGUAACUCCUACCAGUCUUGGGCAGGCCAGAUAUGUGUCACAUUGCCGCACUGAGAGUAAGGGUCGAACAUUGCACGGUGUCAGUUAACUUGUGCAAUAUUGUUUUAAUCGCAUGGUAUGAUAUCACCCACAGUGCGCUACAAGAUAUUUAUACAUAUACUGUUAUCAUUAUAUUAUUUUAACUUUCAUUGGUAGCUGCCCCAUUAAUUCAUCUCAUCAUUCAUUAAUGUUAUGCCAGCAUCAUAGCAGGGCAGAGAGAAGCAAACUAUAACUCUCUCAACAGCUCCUCUCCCGGUAUGUCCGUAACAGGAGGGAGGUUCAAUUAAGAACAGCAUCAUCAAAUAGCAGGUGCUGCCCAUGAGGAAUCACACAUGUCCUGCUGUUGCUUUCAUAAGAAUAAAGAAGCCCCCAGUCCUUAUCAUAAUCCUAGAACUAUCUCUAAACCUUGCCCUUGCUCUAAUCCUUCCCCAUUACUAACUCUAAACUUAUUUCAUUAAUAAAAACAUAUAUUAUAAAAGUUGCAGAAUUAUUAUGGGAAAAUAAUGUAAUCUUGGGCAAUUUGUGUACUUGUUGAGUCAUAUGUGUAUUAAUAACAUUUAUGUUUCUAGGUGAAAUGUUUGAUCAGAGCUCCCCCACAUGGCAGUCACUGCUUACGAUCGCCACUCUUUGCAACCGAGCAGAGUUCAAUGGUGGUCAGGAUGAUGUGUCCAUAAAUAAGGUAAAUACCCAACACAGCGCAUGCUAACUGGAUGGUGUUUUGUUGUUAUGUUGUAACAUUUUGAAUCAAAUUUGUAUCUGCUACUUGUAUCCUUGCAGAGAACCGUCAAUGGAGAUGCCUCUGAAGCAGCUAUUUUAAAAUUUACAGAGCACCUCUUGGGUAACGUUAUGGAGGCAAGGCAAAGAAGUCGCAAAAUUGUUGAGAUUCCAUUCAACUCAAGUAACAAGUACCAGGCAAGUGAUGUCCAUAUAUAUAAUGCUGCUGUUAUCAUAACUACUGCUAAUAAUAAUAAUAUAAAAAAUAUUUAUAAAGCAACAACAUAUUUGAGCAGCACCUUACUGUGCCUUACUCUCUUCACUCAUACAUUCUCAUAUAUGUUUCUAUGCUGUUAUUUUUGCUCCUCUACAUGCCCCUAAAUAAAAGUAUGUGGUACAUGUACAACUAGUAAUUCAUGGUAAUGUAAAGAUGGCUCUCAGGAAGCCAUCAUCAAAAAGUUACAGAUUAGUUUUGUUGUUUAUUCUUUUAUUAUUAAAAAGGGAAAAAAACAGGCAUUAAAUACUUUGGAAUUCACCAUAUCUUUAGACUGGUCAGUAGACAUAAACUGUUUUAGAACCAAAAUGUUAAUGCUCAUUUCUCACCCAUUAACUCUGGUAGCCAAGCUUCAUUGUUAAUACACAAUUCUAUCUCAAAUAUUGACAUGUCAUAAAUUCUACAGGUCUCCAUUCAUGAGCCAGAGGACUUCAAAUUGAAUGGGUAUCUGCUGGUGAUGAAGGGAGCACCAGAAAGGAUACUGGAGAGAUGUGAAACCAUCAUGAUGAGCGGUCAGGAAUGGCCACUGGAUGAAGAAAUGAAGGCUAACUUUCAAAAGGCGUAUAUGGCUCUGGGGAGUCUUGGAGAGAGGGUUCUAGGUAGGAAAAGGCAUUUGAAGACAUUGUAUUCAUUUAUUUGUCAUCCACUUGCCAAUUUCACAUUACUAAAUCUAGCAGAGUUUUUAUAUUACGUUUUCAGAAAGUAAUAUAACUACCCAAGUCAAACCAAUUUUCUCUUUUGUUUUACAUAGGGUUUUGCCAUCUACAACUGCCCCCUUCGCUGUACGCACCUGGUUACCCAUUUGAUACAGAAAAUGUGAAUUUCCCACUCACUGGGUUGUGUUUUGUUGGCCUGAUUUCUAUGAUUGAUCCACCUCGGUCCAGUGUACCAGAUGCUGUCAUGAAGUGUCGAAGCUCUGGUAUCAAGGUUUGUGUCCUUAGACUUUUAGCUAAUAUACUGCAUUAAAAAUAACGGCUUACAGUGAAGCAGCUUUGAGUAAAGCUUUCCAAAAGGCUUUUUCUUAUUUAAAGAAUAAUUAUUGAGCUUUUUUUUAUACAGGAGAGGUACAUAGUUACACCUUGCUUAGUGGUUGAUUAUAUAUUACUUUUUACUCUAGGUUAUUAUGGUGACUGGAGACCAUCCAAUUACAGCAAAAGCUAUUGCGCGGAGUGUGGGCAUCAUCUCAAGUGAAAGCGAGACAGCAGAAGACAUUGCAGAGAGACUACAGGUUCCAAUUACAAGCGUUAACCGCAGGUCAGUUGCCCCUUGCCACUGCUACGUAUCUCUUCCUAUUCCAUACACCCAUUGUCCUUGCUAUCUGAGUGUUGGCUUUGAAUUCUUACUUAUCUUUUUAUUCAGUUUAGUUUUUAUUACGCUUUUAAAUAUGUACAGCAAAAAAAUUAUAAAAAGAAAGAGACAAGUAAAUAAAAUUAAAAUGAUAACGUUUUACAAGAGAGAGAUAAAAACAAAGAAUGUAAAAGAGAAGGGAAAUAGGUAAGUGAUCUGAAGGGUACACAGCACAUUAAACUAAAUAGAUUUUUUUAGUUUUAUACAGUUCCUUGAAGAAUCAAAUUUUAACAUUGUUACACGAAAUAAGUCUACUUAAUUUUUACAUUAAUCAUUCCGUAACAAAAACUAAAUCUAUAUUAUAAUACACUUGUUUCAUAAGAUACCAGGAAACUCAAACUAGGCUUGUUAGAGCCAUUGGUUUAUUUCAAAAUUAUUGGCUAAAACAGACAGAUUUUCUAAAACGUAUGCAAAGUAUAAUUUUUUUAAAUUUACAUAUAUUUCAUCUAUGUUUCCAUGAUACCUUUUGUUCUGCAUGUAAUCCUUUCUUCACCUCCAUAUUCCCCCCACACACACCCUUAUCAAUUCACGAAUUGUCUUUAACAGGGAUGUUCGGGCAAUUGUGGUGAACGGUGCCGAGAUAAUUGAUAUGAACUCAGCAGAACUAGAUGAAAUCCUACGACACCAUCAGGAAAUUGUGUUUGCAAGAACUUCACCACAGCAGAAACUGCUUAUUGUUGAGGGCUGUCAAAGGCUGGUAAGGAAGAAAAAAAAAAAGAGCAUGUACAGGGUAUAAAGAAAGAGUAACUUGUAGUGAAAUAUUCAGUGAAAGAUAUAAUUACUUGUUUUUAUGCUGCCACUAGUUAUAACUUCUAUGUACAGGGUAUAAAGAAAGAGUAACUUGUAGUGAAAUAUUCAGUGAAAGAUAUAAUUACUUGUUUUUAUGAGGAAUGAAAAUUUUUUUAUGAUGAUCUCUUUAGAACUGUUAAAGAAAUAUAGAGAUACUAUGUUUAGGAGGAGAACCGAGGAUAAGAAACUUGGAAAACAGAGGUUAGUUAGUGUUGCAAAAUGAUAUGUAUUGAAACAAGUGUCGUUAGAGGAGGAAAGAUUGGAAAGAAAAUGUUUUGAGAUGUCCAGAGACAAUGAGUGCCAUUCUAUCUCCACAGGGGGCGAUUGUGGCUGUUACGGGAGAUGGAGUGAAUGAUUCUCCAGCUCUGAAGAAAGCGGAUAUUGGAGUAGCGAUGGGGAUAGCUGGAUCAGAUGCAGCAAAACACGCUGCUGAUAUGAUAUUGCUUGAUGAUAACUUUGCUUCGAUUGUCACAGGAGUAGAAGAAGGUAAGUGCACAAUUUGAAUUGUUAGUCACGCAUGCUGCCACUAGUUAUACCUUCUAGAAUACCUUUAGCAAAAUUCCAAUGUACGCAGGUCUCGGUACAUUACUUAUUACUCGUAAUAAGAAAAAACAGGGACUAGAUCAGAUUAACAAAUACAUAGCAAACUGUAAGCGUGCUGGAUUGUACCAUAUACUAAUUUAGGCCUCAUUUUAAUAAGCUAUUUCAAAUCAUUCAAUACCAUUAGUAAAACGUUCCAAUUUAUUUAUCUUCAAAAAUUCCUAUAGAUUUUAAUGGUGACAUCUCAAGAUAAAUCAUUUGGGAAGUUUUUCUAACAGUAUUGAAUCAUUUGAAAAGCUUAUUAAAUCAAAGCCAUAAUCAGAGACAUGUCCUGACCUGGGAUAAACUGUACAUUUUAUUCAACUAUAUACACUCACAAUAGCUCCACCCAUUAUCCAGGCUUCUCACACACUUAUAUAUAAUGACCGAUAUUACAACUCAAACAACAAUCACUGUAACCUGCUUUUAAAUGGAAUAGGUCUCUUUUCCAAAAAGAUCAAACCUUAAUAUGCUAUGAAUCCUAUGUAGUAGACAGAAUCAUUUCUCUAUAGUAUACAUGUUCCAGUACACAGACUACUAUUUUUCAUGCCAUCCCAUAAUUGUCUAAUAUUACUCUCUCAAUUAUCUUCUUAAUAUGUUCCAUGUAUUUUGUUUUCUCCUGUAGUUUACUUAUUUCUACCUUACACUUUCUUUCAUCCCUCACUAGUUCGUUAAUAGUCCUUUAUCUUUUUUUUUUUCUUUGCAGGUCGCCUGAUAUUUGAUAACUUGAAGAAGUCGAUUGGAUACACAGUGACAAAGAAUAUCCCAGAGAUGAUUCCUUUUAUGGUGUAUGUGAUCAUCAGCUGUCCCCUGCCCCUCGGUACCAUCACCAUCCUUUUCAUAGAGCUGGGUACUGAUAUCGUAAGUAUCCAGGGAAAGACAAUGUAUCAUGACAGAUAAAAUGGCUGGAAUGAAAACAAACUGUGUAGGAUAUAAGUGACUACUAUAGAUACCUCAGUAAGAGCAUAUGAACCACAGUUAAGAUUAAAUCCUAGCUCCUCUGAUCAAGAAAACAUGGUUUCAGCUUUGCAAAUUAUAGAACUUUAUGGGUUCUGCUUCAUUGCAUAUUGUCCAGACCUUACAUACCAUAAGCCUUUAAGAGGACAUGUAUGUCUACAAUGGACAGAGUGCCACAGAGUACAUUUAAUGCAACUCAUACGAUAUAUGUGUCCAUCCAGCAUAAUGAAACACCAAAAGGUUUGGGCACCCUACACAAGACUUGGCAAUUUCUAAUCCAUACCAACUGCAAUAGAUUUGCAGCCAAGUAACCAAAAUAUUACAACUACCAUACCACUGUGUCAUUAAACUGAUGUGCAGUAACCCCUAACUGCAAGGAUUAUUACACAGAGUUACCUACCAUAUAUUGACUCUGGAUUGGUUGGAGGCAUGUUCUAGAAGUGAACUUUUCACAAAUAUCAAAUAUGUCCAGAAUAUGUAUAACUGGCUUCAAAAUUCUACUACCUCAAAAAAUGUUUAGUUUCUGUUCCAUCUUAUUAUCAUGUAUUCUGUUCCAUUUUAUUAUCUACUUUACCCAUUUCUCCUCAUUCUCACUAUUUCUGUUUUCUUUUAUUAACGCAAUCUCUAAAAUUGUCAUCAUUUUUUUACAGAUCCCCUCCAUUGCGUUGGCAUAUGAAAAAGCAGAGAGUGAUAUUAUGACACGAAAACCACGUAAUCCUCGGAAAGAUCGUCUGGUGAAUCAGCAGUUGCUGUCAUAUUCGUAUUUCCACAUAGGUGAGACAAACUACCGCACCAAGACCAUUAAUAAUAUACCAUGCACAUUUCCACUAUACAAGCAAGAGCCGUGUAUAAGGGGAACAUAGGGAAAUAGCGCCUUCAAUAAUAUCCUCAAAACCUAUUAAGUAUAGGAUAUUAUGCAACGAUAAAAAGACAAUAAAACGAAAUAUAGUGCAGUAUUUUUGUUGCUGGUGAUAUUGAAUAAGAAGAAAAAAGUGCACUUACAAUUUUCUCGAGCUUUAGCUCCAGAUAUAUUCCCUUGGACGGUAUAAUCCCUGCCUGUGGAUAUGCUGAUCCAGUUCCUGGUCUCAUGUUGGAGGAUAAACUUGGUAUUAAGGGUGUUUGAAUAAACUAUUUUAACUGUACAUAUUAUUAAACGUUAAGUUUUAACAACAUCUAUUUACAAGGACUCCUGACAGGGAUGAAAUGACCUUACCCUAACUAAAUCUUGAUUUGGUUCGCUUAUGUAUUGAUUCGAUUAUAAGGGAUUAUCCCCCACACAGGAGUUUAUAUUUCUAUUGGAGGAUAUCCUCAGGGCCGUCAGCGGUGAGCAGUGGUCAGUGGCUGCUUGAAGUGUUCUCUUUCAAUAUGUUGUAUUUUGCCAGUGAGAGUACACCAGCAAAUAAAAUAAAAAUAAAAACAGAAAAUAGUGCUCUCUAUAUGGAUAAAACAGUGAUAAAAGAAAAAAAGGCGAUAUACUCACAAAAGGAGAGCAAAGUAACGUUUUAAUUAAUCAUAUAAUGCUUAGAUGGUAUCUUCCCCACCUAGGAAACUGAAGUAUGGAAUCCUUCGAAGAAAAUCUUCAAGGAUAAAAUUAAUAAAGUCCACAUAAAGUAAAAACUAGUUUUAUUAGAAAACAAAUAAUAAAAUCCAUAAUAUAAUGUAAAACACUAAUAAACACUAACGCAUUUUGCUCACAAUAAGCCUUUCUCAAAUUGUUCUGUCUCAUUUAUUCAAGCAAGAGCCAUGUCUUCCCUUUACCUGAAUGUUCUACGAAUCACAAUUUAAAAACGGGAAUGAUACUCAAUACACAAUCCAACAAUUAAAACACAAACUAGUGUCAGGGUUCAUUCAUGUAGCUAGAAAAUGGUGUUCUUCAUAAUUAUGUAUCAUGUUUUCUUGUUUCUGCUAGGAUGCUCUUGUGAAUUAAACCAUAUAUUUGCAUAACCAGAAGACUUUGUAACUCUUUCUUUCUCCUUAGCUGCUAUGGAAGGCUUUGGUGGCUUUGUGAAUUACUUUACCGUAAUGGCUCAACAAGGCUUCCGUCCAAUAACAUUGUUGGGACUAAGAGCAGACUGGGAAGACAAGACCAAUAAUGAGUUGGAUGACAGUUACGGACAGGAAUGGGUGAGGGAUAUAAGAGAUCUAUUCCAAAACAUCUGAAUAAUUUUAGAUUCCCCAAUAUAUGUGAUAGGAAAUGACACAUUAGAAAGUGUUCAGGUCACAGAAACGUUUAAUAAAUGUUUAGUAAAAUAAUUUUGUUAAAAUAAUGUAAGAGCCAGGGGGUGUCAACAUACAUCGAUUUUGGUACAUCUCCUCUUAUGUAUAUAUACAUUUUCAGCUUAGAAACGUGCAGCAUCAAAGACGAAUUCCAAUGGAGAUGAUUUAAGGGAACCUUCUAUAUGUACAGAAAACUUACUAAAUAUAAGCAGAGAAAUACAUCAUACUGAGGAAUGUCAGUUUGCUUUGUGUAAUCAACAGGGUCCUAGUGUUCAAGUGGCAGCCCAUUUUGAGUCCACCUGGUUGAAAAAUAGUUUAGAAUUCUGAUUCACUAACGGUCAGUGGAAAGGAACACUUGUAAAGUAAUGGGCACAAAGGGCAAAAUCUUUAGUUGGAAUUAUGGCACAGCAUCAGCAAGAACUAAAGGUCAAUUUUAUUUUGUAAGAGUUAGUCUGCAAAAUAUCUAUCUCCGCCUACAGACUGUGGGGAUAUUUAUGGGAUAAUAAUAGUAACAGUGAGAAUUGCCCACUAAUUCAAUUCUCAGAUCCCAAAUAUCGUUAUCGUGUUAAGUGAGAAGUAUUUCAUAUAAUAAUAUCACAAUUUUUGUUAUAAAAAUAGAUUUAUUUAUAAUAACAAAUUAAUUAAUAAUAAUAUGUAACAUGCGUGACAAUAAUCAAUGAAUAUCCAGUAUAAAAUGGUAUGCAAUACAAAGUAAUGGCUAUACACAUUUCAAAGGCUAAACAGCAUUUUCUGUCAAGUCUUCUGAUUUAUGAGGUAUCUUUAACACAGACCGAAAGUGAAACUUUUCACAGCGAAGGGCCAUAAAACCCUGGCUAACAGUUAGAAUAACCCUUUCAAUGCUGGCUAGAUCUCCUAGGUAAUUAAGAUCUAUUCUUAUGUAAUUUUAAAUAAAAUAACAUUUAAACCAGUUCAUUAGUCAUUUCCUGGAACCAUCCAAUAAGAGAGUCUACCAUAUUAUAUAAGCAGAUUUUAAUUUGUCUAAAAGAUAUCUUAUCUUAAUUUAGAGCAAAUCAAUAUACCUGGAUAAAAACAACGGUAUGCUAACACGUGAUACUAUCACAUCAAUAUAUAAUUAUUCUUAAUUCCACCUGCAGAAUGGAAUGUUUAUAACUAUAUAUUCUUUAGUUAACUAAGAUUUCUUAAUAUGGAAAUCUGACCGUGCUUUAUCCUAGUCAUAUAUCAUGCUAUUAAUACAUUUUAAUUAAUUAAUUUAAUUAAUUAAAUGAAACCAGUAUAAUUACCAGUUGAGUAGAUAUUUCAUCUGAUUGGUAGAUAGUCUCAGGAACUUAUUUGGAUGUCUGUCUGCAUUGAGUUAUGGUGAAAGGUGGUGUUGGUUAGAAAGUCAGUGAAAUUCUAAGUGUUAGAGUUUUAAGAGUAGAGUGUUAGUCUCAGAUGUUGUCCUGGGUUUCUCUGCAUGUCCGAGUUGGAGUCCCAAACUUCCAAUUCCUCUCUCCUCUUUUUCCUUUCCUUUGCAUCCCCAUCUUCCCUUUGUCCUAACUUUUAAAGGGCCAGACUCUCUGUACGUCAUCAGUUGAUAACCCAAUAGAAGCACUAGAGGUGUGGUUAUCUACUAGAUCGCAAUUUAGGUAUUUGGUCUAUAGAGGGCAGUCUUGUCCCACUAAACAUACCUAUCCAGGAAAGAGUUAACUUUUCCUGGUGGCUAUUUUGACGUCAUUUUGCGUUAUCUUUAUAGUGCCAUAAUUUAAAAUUUCAAAGGGUUUUCUCUUAGUUUUGUCCAGACUAUGUGUCUGGCAAAUCUGAGUUUUGACCCAUAACUUACAAUGGGACCUUAUACAUAUAGACAGUCUAUCCAACCCCGUUCUUCUUAUCACUUGGUUUGUAUAUAGUAUGCAUUCCUUUAGCUCUGGCAAAGUGGUUAGUUUUACAGAAAGAAAUCUUGUGUCUUUUUGUUAACUUGAAAAUAACAAAAUGGAGUCUGCUCUGUUCAGAGUGACUCAGAAUAUACACUUUUAAUUUCUAUCAUAGCACAAAAUGUCUGCCGAUAUAAAUACCCUGACAAGACUCUCAUGUUAGCAAAUUAACCUGGGCAGCAGGGGUUUCAGACAUAAUGGAGUUUUUACCUAUAAUCAUAUGUAUAUGUCUAUAAUUGAAUAAAUAUGAAUAGAGAGAAAGACAAACCUAAAUAAUAAACAGAUGCAAUGGUUCUUUUUCCUACAGACAUUCAUACAGCGCCAGUCUCAAGAGUGGUACUGUUACACGGCCUUUUUUAUCAGCAUUGUGGUUUGUCAGAUGGUGAACACUUUAAUUCGCAAAACACGAAGGACCAGCAUCAUAUCCACCAGAUUCUUCAGGUAACAGAGAGGCCAGGCAUUCAAUACAUGAUUUAGAGGGUUUAAAAUACAUCAACUUGUUAGAUAUUAUGAUUUUGAUCACUAGGAACUGAAUUACAAUUAUGAAAAUGACCAAUAUAUCAUGAUUGUUUUAAAAAUGGGUGGAACACAGUUAUAACUUAACAUAUCUAAUCAAUUUUUUUCAAUAGGAACCAUUUUUCUAACGGUCAGAUUGGAACUUGUGGUUCUAAAGAGAUAUUUCGGAAUAUGCGUGGUUUAAUUCUGACCUUAAUUUAUUCAAAAUAUGCAAAGUGUUUGAUAUACUUGACGCUAUAGUAAAGUGCAGCUAUUCACACUGUGGAACCAAUCACAUGCAAUUCCACCGAAUAAUUUAUUCAGCCCAAGACCUUUCAAAAAAUAGCAAAGCAUUCAAGGGAUUGCAACCAACAACAACAAAUGUGUAUUUAUUUUUUUAAAUAAAACAAUUACAGAUGGAUUUAUGCUAAGAUCUCUUGGAAUGCACAAGAGAAAAGAUUGGUAACUAUUCCCAUUUGAACUAUUGUUGGCCAUGAUGCUCUAACGGAUAGGAUUCCCUUUAGGUUUGACAACACUAGAAAGCUGGAGGUUUUGACCACAAAUGGAAUGCCCCAAUUUGUAUGGUUUUGUAUGGAUUUAAAUGCAAUUUACAUUUAUAUUUUUUUUUCUCCUUGUCACACAGAAAUAAAGUCAUCUUCAUUGGCGUAGCAUCGCAAGUCGUUAUAGGGGCCUUCCUAUGUUAUUGUCCGGGGAUGGAUGUUGCUCUGCAUUUUAUGCCCCUUCGGUGA